AAAUUCGAAACACAAGUCACAGCAAUCUGCGGGCUUCUUCCGGUCUCGUUGUAUCGCGAGACUUGGAUGAGGGCAGUAGCGAGCAAGCUAGCUGCUUAAGCUAAUCGUUAAUGCGGACUGCUGAGUUCAUAUCAAAUGUUCGGUGAAACAUCAAAAUGAGUUUAAGAUCUACAGCCCGAUGAGUUUACAAUCAACAGUUAGCCGUCAACGGUUACUUUGGAUUGUACGACAAUAUGGAUUUAAGUAGAGUUAAUCGUUCCCCAAGAGAGGAGGGGGAGCUCGAAGACGGAGAGAUCUGCGAUGAUGAAACCGAGGAGAGAGUGCCGAUCCUGCGGGGGGAUGGUAACAGGCCCGGCCGCGGUCGUGGCCGCGGUGCUUCUUCGCGGACAAGAAAACCUCGCCAACAUCCGCACAACAUGCUGCCUCACAUGGGCCACCAGCCGCCAGAUUUCCGCCUUCACUUGCCAUACAACCGGCCCCACGGACACGGCCCUUUUCCCCCGAGCCACAGGCAACAGUGCGGGCCAAGCGGGCCUGACCGGCCUCCUGCUCCUUCUCCUCCUCCGCUGCUGCCGCUGCCGCCGCCGGGACUCGGUCCUCACGGAGAGCCGAGCCCGCGAACCAGCUUCUGGGAGCGGAGCCACGGCGCCCUGGGCAGGUUCAGGCACCGGACCAUGCCGAACGGUGGACGCGGGAACUGGACCCGAGGCAGCCGGGGUGGUGGAAACAUCAGAGGUCCCCCCGGUCGUUACGGGCCCCUGGAGAGCCACGGCAACAAGAAAGAAUCUCCUUUGAGAAAACAAAAGCCGCAGGGGAGGAACCAGGCGAGGAAAGCAGCUCACAGUGUUUCCAAACCAGAGAACAGUGUUGACGAGUCCUUCGAAGAUUUGCUGUCGAAGUAUAAGCAGAUUCAGCUGGAGCUUGAGUGCAUCCGUAAAGAGGAGACGAAGGCUCUGGAGCCCCAAGUGUCCCCUGCCAGAGACGUGACCCCUGACAACACUGCCAGUAUUACAGAGACCAAAUCAGUACCCGAACUGGCUCCGAGUCCAGAGGAACCGUCCACGCUGGAGACGGCUGAGAAGAAAGUGUUCCAGGCGUUCAACAUCAGACCUCUCCGUCAGAAACUUCCCAUCCCUAUGAACCUGGACGAGGUGAAGAGGAAGUGGGCCGAGCAGGAGAAAGAAGGCGACACUGAGAAGGCUGAUGAAGAAGACAGAACAACACAAGAUGGAGCAGAAGCAGAACAAAAAGCUGAUGAAGAGUUGGAGGAGAAGAAGACGUGUCCGUGCUGCAGUGAGGAGACGGACAAAGAUCAGAAAACAACAAAGACGUGUUCGUGUGGGAGGGAAUCAUCAGCCUCCAGUGAGGACUCUGUCCUCUCUGCUGAUAAGCCGGUGGUGAAGGUGGUGGAGGAGGAGGAGCUGUCGGAGCUGCAGCUGCGCCUCCUCGCUUUGCAGUCGGCCAGUAAGAAGUGGCAGCAGAAGGAGCAGCAGGUGAUGAAGAAGAGCAAAGACCGGAUCACGAAAGCGGUCCAGGAGAAGAGCUCCAGCUCUGCAGCUGCUCCACCCAGCAGGCAGAGGGUCACCACCAGGUCCGCCUCCUCCGCUGCCGCUGCAGACCGGAACAGAACCAGGUCCAAACCUCUGGAGAGGGACAGAGACAGAACCAAGAACACAUCCAGACCUCCAGAGAGAGAGAGGCCCAAACCGAUUCCCAAAACUGGUCCCAAGCCUCCACUGGAGAGAGGCAGAACUCCAGGAAAACCUCACAUGGCCAAGAAGACAGUCAACCCAGUGGCUAAGCAGGCGUUCAGGAAGCAGCAGCUGAGGACGUGGAAGCUUCAGCAGCAGAGCGAGCAGGAGGAGGAAGAACGUCGCAAACGAGAAGACGAAAUCCGCAGAAUCCGCGACCUGUCCAACCACGACGAGCAGUACAACCGCUUCAUGAAGCUGAUGGGAGGGAAGACGAGGACACGCAGUAAAUCCACAGAUCGGGAACACAGGAAGUCUGCAGGUAAACAGAGUCUGGACGCCUCAGGGAACCUCUACCAGUAUGACAACUAUGACGAGGUGGCCAUGGACACGGACAGCGAGACAGGUUCCCCAGUGCCGUCACCGACACACUCCCAGCUGACUGCAGACGAUCCGGGAUGUUUCCCUCAGCCGUCUCUCUAUGUGACCGACUCUCAUCAGUUUCAAAUGGAUUUCUCUCAGCCAUUCCUCUCCUCCACGCUGUCCGGCCUUCCUCCCCCACCUCCGCCUCUCCCACCUCCACCAGAUGACCUGGAGCCUCCUCCCAAACCCCCCUUCGCUGAUGAGGAUGAGGAGGAGGAGAUGCUGCUCAGGGAGACAUGUCUGAUGUCUAUGGCCAACAAGAGAGUGACAACAACUGAGGAGAAGAGCUCCAGCUGUCCUCCGUCUCCCAUUCGUCAGCCCCCUGCAGGCGUUCAGCAUCCGACCAGAGGAAACCUGAGCACCGUCAGUCUGAAUGCGGUUUCUCAGUCCAGAACCAACAAGUUCUCCAGAGGACCCCAAAGAGCUCCACUGGUGCUGCCCAGACACAAGUCGGUGGUGGUUUCUCUCAAAGAUUCAGAGGACAGUGACUCCGACAUGGACGCAUGCAGUUCCACACAGGCGGCGUUUGGAGGACUGGAGUUCAUGAUCAAAGAGGCCAGGAGGACCGUCGAGGCAGCGAAACCAAAAGCAGCAUCAGGAUCUGAGAAAGAGAACAACCCUGUCAGAACUCCAGAGGCUUUACCCGAAGCCAAGAAGGCCGAGUACCGUCUGCUCAAAGAGGAAAUCGCCAGCAGGGAGAAGCAGAAGAUGCUGAAGGAUCACAGUGUGAGCUCCAGCUCACCUGCCGUCUCCGACUCUGUGCCGGAUCCAUCAGGAAAAUCGGCUGCAGAGCUGAAACUGACCGAAGCAGAGCAGAGACUCAGCAAACACAGAGAGCUGCUGCAGAGGGACGAGGCCAUCCUGAGACAUCUCCUCCAGCAGGAGCUGAAGAAGAGGGAGUCUCUGAGGGCUGCUGAGGGGAAGGUGGCCAAACUGAGGGAGCAGCUGCAGGCUUCAGAGAAGAUCGUCGGCGCUAACAGGACGCUCCUCAAGAAACUGCAGGAGCAGGUGCAGCGUGUUGAACAUCGCGUGUCCAUAAAGAGGAGUCUGGCUGCCAGGUUGGAACAGGAGCUGACUCGGGCUCAGCUGAUGGCUGGCAGAGGAUCAAAACGACGAAUGGACUCCAACCGGACGCUGCCCAAUAAGGUGCAGCGUAUGGACGGAGCUCUUCGUGGAUCAGAGCGUCACUUUGCAGAGCUGAUUGCCCAGAAGCAGCGGCUGCAGCAGCUGGAGUCAGAGUACGCCCUCAAGAUCCAGAAGCUGAAGGAGGCUCAGGCUCUGCGCAACAAAGGAGUCCCGUCAGACCAGCCCACAGAGCCUCCAGUGCGGGCCUCCACCCCUCCUGACGCUCAGAGCCAGCUCCCACCGACUGCCACCUCCUUCCCUCUGCCCCAGCCCUCCCUGCACGACCUCACCCAGGACAAACUCACGCUGGACAGUGAAGACGUCCCAGAGGCUGACGAUCACGACCCUGAAUCGGCACCUGCGCCUGGUGCUGCCACAGGAAGCCGUCGACACUCCUUCCGUCAGUCCAGCAGCUCUUUUACCAAACCCAACUUGGAGCAGCUCAGCUCCACCCCAGCUAAAGACAAUAGUUCCACCAAAACUGCCAAGGCUUCAGCUGUCUCCAAAGCUCCUGCAGCAAUGUUUGCAGGGCUGGACGUGGACGCUCUAAAGCAGAAGUACCAUCAGCAGGCCCGACUCGGAGAGCUGCUGCUCAGGGAGCUGCACAAAGUCGCAGUAAAUGUCGACAACCGCCCAGCUGGACAGCCACUGCAGGUGGUUUCAUUGGAGGUUGACACAGCAACAAGCCAAUCAGGGAGCUCAGAGCUGAAGCCAGUUCCCUUUGGACCAUAUCACAGCCCUCUGCUGGUCUUCAAGUCAUACAGGUUCAGUCCAUAUUACAGGACCAAGGAGAAACUGUCCCUGAGCUCUGUAACAUACAGCAACACCAUCGAACCCAGAAAGUGUUUCUGUCGCUUCGAUCUCACGGGAACCUGCAAUGAUGACGACUGCAGAUGGCAGCACAUGAGAAACUGCACUUUGACCGGAAACCAGCUCUUCCAGGAUAUCCUGUCAUAUGAUCUGCCCCUGAUUGGCUGUUCUGAGAGCUGCUCGGACGAGGAAAUCAGUGUUGCCACAGAAAAGUAUAUGAAGAAACUGUUUGGUUCAAACAAAGACCGGAUGGGAAUCGACCAGAAGGCUGUCCUCCUCGUCAGCAAAGUAAACGAAAGCAAACGCCACGUCCCUCCCUUCACCACCCGUAAAGACAUGCGGAGAUGGAGACCGAAGCCAUCGGCACUGAGUAGCCUCAGCCCAGAAGAGGACAGCGAGGACGAGACUGCAGCUGAAAACGCGACAGUGGGGAAACAAGAUGACUGCUCCAGGACCAACCUGCCUGCUCUGGAUGUGUGCGUCACAUCAGAGGACAAACGCUAUUUUGUCAGUGAGACAGAUGACAUUUCAAACCUGGAGACCAGCGUCCUGGAAAGCCCCCGAGACACUCAGCUGUGGAUCAAAUUAGCCUUCAAAUACCUCAGUCAGAAAGAGACGUCUGCUGCCGAGUGUUUGGAAGCUGCCUUGAACACGUUGUCUCGCGCUCUGGAGACCAACUGUGAGAACCCGGAGGUGUGGAGCCACUACCUGUCUCUGUUCUCCCGACGGGGCAGCAAGGAGGAGGUGCAGGAGAUGUGUGAGAUGGCUGUGGAGCACGCGCCCAACUAUCGAGUGUGGUGGACCUAUUUGACCUUGGAGAGAUCGUUCGAGGGGAAGGACUACGUUUGUGAUCGUCUGCUGCAGUUUCUCCUCAGCGAAGCGUCUUCUGGUGUCUCGGAGAAAGUGUCCUUCCAGAUGAUGGAGGCGCUGCUCUACAGAGUCAACCUCAGCCUGUUCACAGGCAAGAUGGAGAGCGCGCUGGCCAUUUUACAGAAUGCUUUGAAAUCAGCCCAAGACAGGAGUAUAGCUGAGCACCUGACUGCCAGCGACCGGGCGCUGCUCUGGCUUUCUUACAUUCACCUGACGGAGUUCGAUCGGCUGCCGUCCAGCCUGUACGACCCGGCUGUGUCCGGGCCGUCCAGACUGGUCAGCAGGGAGUCCUUCCUGCUGCCCUGGAGGACACAGCAGGACGUUAGCACGCCACCCGACAUCCUCAUCGCCCUCUUCCAAGAUGCCAUCCACCAGUGCAGUGAUGAGUCUGUGUCUCCGAGCGAGAGGACGCUGGCCUGUCUGCCUCUUCACACCAACCUCAUCUUCCUCUUCAAACUGCUGGAGAGGUUUGACGACGGCGUUGUUCUGUGCGAGUCUCUGUUGGAGUUCUGUCCUGAGUCCUGCGCUCUGAGAGACGCUCUGGCCGACCUCCACAUCGUGAAAGGAAACGGCGAUCAGGCUGUCAGCAUGUGGCUUCACGCUCUGGCUGAGUGUCCCAACAACGCUGAGGUCUUCUAUCACUCAUGCAAGUUCCUCAUGGCGCAGGAGAAGUCGAGCGCCAUCGCUCCUCUGUUCAGAGGAUUCGUCCUGAGUCUCUUUGAGGACGAGCAGAGUCAGAAGAAACCCGUGGACGUCCUGCGACACAUCCUCGGCUUUCCCACUGAGGAGCUCCUGAGAGGUCCGAUCAUCAAGGAGCUUCAGGAGCAGCUCAGUCAGCAGAUGCCUUUCCUCCACCUCAUCCACUGUCGCUGGCAGUGGCUGCACGGCUCUGUGGACAACACGGUGGACGCCUUUGAGAGAGCGCUGGGGUCACCCAUACAGCUGGAAGAGCUCCACCAACUGUGGAUGGAUUACCUGCUGUUCAUCAGCAGUCAGCAAGCCCCCGCUCAGGCCAACAGUCAGUCCAAACUGUUCUCAGAUCUGGUCUGUCGCUGUCUGAGCACGGUCCCGUCUCGACUUGAGGUUCCCUUCAACCCAGCAGAGUUCUGGAGCUGCUACCGCUUCCACAAUAAGGUGGUGAAUCUUUACCUGAGCUGUCUGCCGCAGUCCCAGCAUGCACCUGUCCUGCAGAGACUGAGAUAUUCCAUGCCCAACAACACUGAACUGGGCCUGAGGUUGCUGCAUCAAGAGUGGCAGGAUGGAAACAUUGAGCACCUGAAGUUCCAGGCCAGGAUGUUGAGCGGUAACUCUCCAGAGUGUUUGGCCUACUGGAAAAUAGCGAUAGCUGUGGAGAGGGAGCUAAAGGAGCGAUCUGAGGUGCGACUUCUCUAUCAGCAGGCCCUCCACAACCUUCCACUGUGUGCUGCCCUGUGGAAAGAUCGACUGCUGUUUGAGGCAGCAGAAAGCGGACAGACAGACAGACUGACGAGGCUGCUGGACAGGUGUCAGCAGGUGGGAGUGAGUCUCAGUGAGUGAUCAGACAGAAGAUCAAUCAGUGACGUCCAUCAGCUGCACAAUAAACUCACAAUAAAAUCAGAAUCAAUAAACCAAUCAGCAAUAGAUGUUUGAGUGAGAGCAGACAGAUGAGACGAGGUAAGACAGACAGACAGUCAGAUGUCCCCCCACCACCUCCUCCAGGACACCACGGACCCCCUCCAGGUGUCUGGAGCUGCUUAAAUCACAUCAUGUACGUAAGUAUCGAGCUGCUGCUGGGUGACAGUGUUGCUUUGUUCUCUUCAUGUCCUCCUUUUUGUUUCUGUCAUUUUCAUUUGGAUUUCAUUUCCUCCCUUUUUGUUUUUAAUUUCCCUGAUGGGGGGGGUUAGUGUGUGUGUGUGUGUGUGUGUGUGAGGGGGGGGGAGUUGUGGCUGGGACGGACCAUUACGGCUCACUGUGGUGUUUACCCCCCCUUCCCCAGUCUGUGUUUUAAAGAUGUCCUUCCUUUGUCUCCUGAGGAGAAACAAAGACUUUUAUUUUGUUAAACUGAUCAAAGAAAAACUUUUUGAAUAUUGAUCUGUGUGGAGCACGGCCCCCCGCUGCGUUAGUGUUUUCUAUUUGGUGUCGUCGGUCUGAACGUGAGCGAGAAAGAGAGGGACUGCCUCAGAGACUGACCCACGUCCAGACCAGGACCACUGCUAGAGACAGUCAGGACCUCGCUAACGUGCUCUCAUGUGCAAUUUGUCUUUUUUCUUUUUUGUCAAAAUUCUAAUGAUGAAAGAGUAUUAGCAAGGAGGGGAGACGAGUCCUUCCACUGAUGUUAUUUUUCAUAUGUUGGAUUUAAAUGUUAUUAAAUUAUUUUCUAAGGAUAA